CCCAGCAGUGGUCCAAGUUGAUCGGGUGGGGUUCAGGCUCCAGUCAGGAAGACGCAAGACUGGAAGACUGCAUCAUGAACACGCUGUCGGAAGCCAAUGGUGCCUUUGCCAUCUGCCUUUUAAAGCUUCUGGGUCAGGAUGACUCAGCACACAAUGUCUUCUUCUCUCCCGUGAGCAUCUCCUCAGCCUUGGGUAUGGUCCUCCUGGGGGCCAAGGGCAGUACGGCAACCCAGAUGGCUCAGGCACUGGCAUUAGACACUGAGGAGGACAUUCACAGUGGCUUCCAGUUGCUGCUCGCCCAAGUGCACAGGCCUGGCGCUCUGUAUUCCCUCAGCACAGCCAAUAGGCUCUUUGGAGAAGAAAGCUGCCAGUUCCUCUCGCCAUUUCAGCAGUCCUGUCUGAAGUCCUACCAAGCCGAGCUGGAGCAGCUGCCCUUUGCCAAAGCUCCAGAGAGCUCCAGGAGGCACAUCAAUGCCUGGGUGUCCACCAAGACCCAAGACAAAAUUAAAGAGUUGUUGGCCAAGAAUGCAACUGAUGGAGUGUGUAGGCUGGUUCUCACUAGUGCUGUCUACUUCAAAGGAAGGUGGGAAGAACAGUUUGAGAAGUCAAGCACAAGUGAAAUUCCUUUCAAAAUAAACCAGAAGGAGCAGAGGCCAGUGCAGAUGAUGUUCCAGGAAGCCACGUUUCCUUGGGCUCACGUGAGUGAGGAGGGGGUCCAGGUCCUGGAGCUGCCCUACCAGGGCCGGGAGCUGAGCACGGUCGUGGUGCUCCCAGAUGAGGGUGUGGACCUGAGCACGGUGGAAAAAGCCCUCACUUUUGAGAAAUUCCAAACCUGGACCAGUCCAGAGCAUAUGAUGAGAAUCGAAGUCCAAGUUUACUUUCCUAGAUUUAAACUGCAAGAGGAGUACAACAUGGUCUCUGUGCUGCGGGCUCUGGGUGUGGUGGAUGCCUUUGUUCAGGGCAAAGCAGACCUGUCUGGGAUGUCAGCUGACAGUGACCUGUGUCUGUCCAAGUUUGUGCACAAAAGCGUAGUGGAGGUCAAUAAAGAAGGCACUGAGGCUGCAGCAGCAUCAGCUUGUGAUGUUACACUCAAGUGUUCCAUGAGUGGGCCAGAGUUCUGCGCUGACCGCCCCUUCCUGUUCUUCAUCAGGCACAACAGGACCAGCAGCCUGCUGUUCUGCGGCAGGUUCUCCUCUCCAUGAGGGACGCAUGCCCUGUGUAUGCAAGCAUUUCCAUCUCU